AUGUCCAAGGCUCUUAUCGAACACGACCCGGAGCUCGCCGACAUCAUAGAGAAGGAAAAGGCACGCCAGUUUCGUAGCCUCGAGCUCAUCGCGUCGGAGAACCUCACCUCGCGCGCGGUGAUGGAGUGCCUCGGCUCUUGCCUGACGAACAAGUACGCGGAGGGCGAAUGCGGCAACCGCUACUACGGCGGCACGGAAUACGCGGACAUGGUCGAGAGCUUGGCCAAGACGCGCGCGCUGGCGGCCUUCCGCCUCGACGCCGACGAGUGGGGCGUCAACGUGCAGCCGUACAGCGGGUCGCCGGCGAACUUCGCGGUGUACACUGGACUGCUGCAGCCACACAGCCGCAUCAUGGGCCUCGACCUCCCGUCCGGCGGCCACCUCACGCACGGCUUCUAUACCGCCAAGAAGAAGAUCAGUGCGACGUCAAUCUACUUCGAGUCGUUCCCGUACAAGGUGGAUGCAAAUGGCAUCAUCGACUACUCGCAUCUGGAGCAGAUCAGCGAAGUGUUUCGCCCGGCGAUGAUUAUCAUCGGCGCCUCGGCGUACGCCCACGACCUCGACUACGCGCGCGUGCGUGCGCUCUGCGACCACCUCGGCUGCCUGCUCUUCAUGGACAUGGCGCACACUGCCGGCCUUAUUGCCGGCGGUGUACUGCAGUCACCGUUCCCGUACGCUGAUAUUGUGACGACAACAACGCACAAGUCGCUGCGCGGCCCGCGCGCUGGCAUGAUCUUCUUCCGCAAGAAGGACCGCAGCGGCAACGCCACGGACUUUGAGAGCCGCAUCAACCAGGCAGUAUUCCCUGGCUUGCAGGGUGGGCCGCACAUGCACCAAAUCGCCGCCAUCGCCACGCAGAUGAAGGAGGUCUGCGAGCCGGCGUGGAAGGGAUACGCGCAGCAGGUCGUGAAGAACGCACAGCGGCUCGCCGCCGCGAUGAUCUCACGCGGCCACCGCCUCGUGUCGGGCACCACGGAGAACCACUUGCUGCUGUGGAAUGUGCGUGAGCUCGGCCUCACCGGCAACAAGGUGGAGAAGCUGCUCGACUUUGUGUCCAUCAGCGCGAACAAAAACGCGAUCCCCGGCGACAAAAGUGCGUUGGCGCCGGGCGGCGUGCGUCUCGGCACAUGCGCGCUGACGACGCGCGGUAUGACGGAAGACAACAUGGAGGUCGUUGCCGACCUGCUCGACCGUGCGGCGAAGCUGUGCGUUGCGCUGCAGCAGAAGGCGGGCCCAAAGAUCAAGGACUUCGUGGACGCCAUUCACUGCAGCGACGAGGCGAGGCAGCUGCGGGCGGAGGUGGAGGGACUCGCGUCAUCGCUGUACAUCCCUGGCAUCGAUGCCGGCACGCUCAAAUACAAGAAUGGCAUUCCAGCCGCGGUGUAG